UAUAUGUUAGCCUAUAAUACAUCCCGUUAUCACAGCAUUACCCUACGUAAAUGUCAGAAUGUGCUCAUUCAUUGAAUAAAAUACAAAAUAUUUUUUAUAAUAAUCCAAGCUCUGCCUCUGAAGGAGUGGUCAUGAUGAAUCAUUUUGAAGGCAACAUAAAUAAUUGCCCCAUGCAGUCCGGCUGGAACAGUCCGCGCUUCGCAGAAGUAGACGGGGAUUAGCAACUAGUUGAAAGCAGCAACCCUUUACUGAAUAAACUUUUUACUGGGCAUAGAGAGUAGCCUGUUGUUGAAUUUAGAUCAAAACAUUUACGGCGCAUUUGGAAUUUGAUUUUCUAUAGGCUACAGCCAUGAAUAUUGGAUAUCUCAGAUUUGCGCUUUUUCUCGUUAAUGGAUUUGCGUGGUCUAGGCUUUUUAGGGCUGUCUCGGCGGAGGGAGUGGACCGGCAUCAAGAUAACCCUACUGUCCAGUUAACUGUGGUCAGUCUCACCCAGAAUGACAACGAAAUAACCAAGGUGGAAUAUGACACGGAGGAAUACUAUGAUGAGCAUGAAGAUGACGGUCUGUCUGGGGAUUAUGAAAUGGAAUUUCCAAGAGUGGCAUUUUCCACAAAGCCGAAAAAUAUGCCCAUGGCUCCUUACACAGACAGAAGAAGAGAUGGAAAGAAAAAGGGAUUGGGUAAGAAGAGAAACCCUUGUCUGAAGAAAUAUAAAGACUUCUGCAUCUACGGGGUCUGCAAUUACCUGAGGGAGCUACGGGAGCCGUCAUGCAUAUGUCGGCUGGGUUACUACGGUGAAAGGUGUCACCUUAUUAGCCUGCCGGUUUCAAAAGAGGCUGAUGGCUACAACCGGUCAGUAGCACUGGCCGCGGUUGGAGGGGUCCUGUCCUUGCUCUGUCUGGCGGUCAUCGUCGUUGUUAUGCUUCUCAGGUAUUCUAAAAAAGGCCAAAACAGCCCCGGCAAUGAGGACAAGAUCAAGCUUGAGGUGGCCGCACACCCUUGAGAAUCUGGCAACAGAAAAGGAAGACGACAAUUCUACCUCAGUUCAAUUAACAAUGAAGAUAACCCCCGAAAGGAACCCAGACUGGCGUAGGAGGUGGAUGAAGUCUACCACACAGACCUGGAUGUGGUCUGAGACAAGUUAAAAGACAGACUGGGUUGUAUGGGCCACGCAAUGAAACAGAAACCUCCAGGAACUAACUGGGACAGAUUCACUGAAGUGAUUUUUACAUGACAUGGCAGAGUUAGGGCAGAAUUUAGGGAAUUGAGAUGUACUGGCGUCAGUCCAACUCUGACAUGUACAUAGACAAUUUAGUGUUGCCUCAGCACUGUGAAGAUUUAAUUGUCCAUUCAAAAUGGCAUUAUUUGCAGGAAAGGUUUAAAAGGGUGAAUAAAUUAGAAUGUAUUUAAUAUUUAUGCAUCUAAAUUGAAUUAGCAAAGGGCUUCAUUUCAGUUUUCCCAAAAGUACUGUGGCAAUGAAAUGGCAAGUUUCAAACAUGUAGAAAUUGCUCUGCCAUUUCCUGUUUGCCCGAGGUCUUAUAUUUCUAAUUUAUUCUUGUUUUCAGGGGCAUUUUUCAUGCUUAAUUUGACAGAGACAUUGUGUAAAGGGAUAGGAGGAAGUAAUAGGCCAGAGGUAGCGGCCUGGCCUAUUAGAGCACCCUGGACCACACUGCCUUUCUCAUACCUUAAUGCUCCAUGUGGACUUGUUUGUUAAACCAGCAUUUGUAUUGUAAUGUGGCAUGUUUUAUCAAGUCCUCUUAAAAGCAGGUACCUUGCUUUAUGUUUUGCAUUGCACAGUUUGUUUAUUUGUUUCUAUAUUUUCUAAUAUUUAUGUUGAUACGUAUUUAUACCUACAAGGUAGAGAACAUGCUGCUAAAGUUUUGAUAUAGUAAUAUAGUAACCCUUGAAUUAAUCAGAAUAGCUGAAGAAGUUCUGAAAGUGAAUGAGCAUUUAUCAUGGCUGCGAUUACACUGAAUGAUAAAGAAUUAAAAUAAAAUAUAUUCCAGUAAUAAAGCAUUCAGUUUCGAAAAAGGCAUAAAGAGAGUUGGAUGCACUUAACAUUUGUAUGAUAUCUCAACCACAAAAUAUCUGAAUGAAAUGUCAAAAUAAA